AUGGAUGGGGAUGGGUGUGGUGUGGUGGUGAGGAUGGGUUGGAUGGGGAAGGUGGUUAUAUGGGGAUGGUGGGGUGGGUUUCGUGGGGAGGUGGGUGUGGUGGGUGUGGUGGGUGUGGUGGGGGUGGUGGGGGCGGUGGGGGUGGUGGGGGCGGUGGGUGUGGUGGGUGUGGUGGGUGCGGUGGGUGUGGUGGUCAUCCGGGUCCUUCUCUGGCAGUUGGCGCCGUCUCAAUCUCUCCAGCUCCUUUGGGGCCAGCUUCCCCCGCAACCCCUUCCUGCCACCUCAGCCUCUCAAUCAUCACCGUAUCCACCUCCCCUCUCCCCGACCCCAUUCAGGUCAUCCGGGUCCUUCUCAGGGAGCUGGCGCCGCCUCACUCUCUCCAGCUCCUUUGGGGCCAGCUUCCCCCGAAACCCCUCCUCGCCCUCCCUCAAUGCGGUCCUUGCCCUAGUCACCAUCUCAGCUGUCUUCGGCCUCUCCUCCUCUCCUUCCCUUCACCCUACCCUCCCCUCUUCCAUCCACUCGUGGGCUAACACCCCAAGAACCACCACCUCCUCCUCCUCCUCCUCUUUCCCCUCCUCUUCCUACUCUUCCCCCUCUUCCUCCUCCCCGCACUCCUCACCUGCCGUUGUCUUUUCUGACUUGAACAACAGCAGUGCAGCAGAGCAAUCAUCGCUCCUCAGGCCAAUGUCAAGAAAGCUGCUGCAGGUGUUCCACACCUCUGAGUCGUUUACUGUCAUGCCACCCAUCAAGCCUUCUGAAUCGACUCGAAAGGCUUCGGAUCCCACACCAACCACCACCACGCACCAACCAGAAGGCUUCCCCCCAACUACCUCAGACUCUUUCUCGAAUCCUGACCCUCACGGUCCCAACUCUUUCUCCGAUCCUGACGACUCCCACUCUUUCUCCGAUCCUGACGACUCCCACUCUUUCUCCGAUCCUGACAACUCCCACUCUUCUUCUCAGAACCCCUCUGGAAACUCUUUCCCCGAUCCUUACGAUCCUGAUUACCCAGACGAUCCGGAGAAACAUGAGGAGCUGCUUUUGAGGGCAGUCGGGCAGUUUCUGGGCUGGGCCAUGACCUGCAUUUAUUUUACAGGGCGAUUACCCCCGAUAAUUCUGAACUGCGCUCGCGGGGCGGUCGAGGGGCUUGCGCCGCCCGCUUUUGCGCUGGCAGUGGCUGGGAAUCUGGCGUACCUCGGGAGUAUCCUGGUUCGGUCGCUGGAGUGGAAGCAGGUUCGGCCGAACCUGCCGUGGAUUGCUGACAGCGCGUCAUGCCUGGCCAUGGACCUUUUU